AUGGGUAACCGUGGUGACGGCAAGCCUGGAGAGGGUGAGUGUCCCGACAGCUUGGAACCGCCUUCUGCAGCGGCACUCACCGGGUACAAUCUUUUUCGCACAAUAAGAGCCCACAAGUUGAAUAAGAAACCCCACACUGAGCUCAAGGCGGCAGGAAGGACAUCCUCAUAUCUCUACUAUAUAACCAGCGUCAAACGUGGCACACUCCUUCACCUUCUCGUUGGCCACACUUCUACCCAAAGUCACUCCUGCUUGGCUUCAAAGCGCGCUUCUUCUUUCUUGACACCAGCAAAAACAAACCAAGAACACACAUAUUUCUCUCUCGUCAGCACACCCGGCGUCGUCUUCAUCCAAGAUUUCAACAAAAAUCUCUCUCGCGACGUAACCAGCAUCGCCAUCACCAAGGUGAAGCACCAACCAAACCUCUCGUCAAGACACGAGACAGCCAUUACGGGCAUCCAUUUGAAGCGCAGCCAGGGCAAGGACAAGACGCCCAACCCUCGGCAGUUGACCCCAACCAGCCCUAUAGCCAUUACGAACCAAGCUGGGCUCAAAGCUAGCGUCCAAACCAUGGCCACCGACGACAACCACCCGUCCCAGCCUGUGGUCUCGGUGCCGGUGAUCGUAAUCACCUCGGAGUCUCAGAUGAGGACGGUGACCAGGACCCUGCCGCCCACCAGCGAGACCACAGGCUGGGGGCCCCCGUCGCACCACCAGCACGACCACCACCACCAUCACCGACACCACUACCACGUUUACGACGACGACCAUCACGUCCGAAGAGAUCGUCGAGGAGUCGGCCGCCGUGACAGAGUUGACGGUGAGGACCGCGACGCAUAUCCUCACCCGUAUACGUCUCUAAAACUGUCGAUCUGGAGCGGCGGCGCGAGCGGACGUGGAAGGACGAGAUGGAGCGUGAGGGGGUGGGGCAAAGGACUGGGAGGAGGAAGGUUGCUGCGAACUGUUUUUGUCGGGUGA